AUGGGAUCGAGCAUUGACCCAACAUCCGACAACGCCGGCACAAAAAUGGGCAGCAUUGACAUCGACGAGCCCAUUGCCAUCGUCGGCAUGGCCAUGCGACUGCCAGGCCAGGUCCACACGGUCGAGGAGUUCUGGGAUAUGCUCGUCAGUCGGCGAGAUGGCCGUUGCCUCGUGCCGCCGUCACGGUAUCAUGCCGAGAGUAGAUUGGGGCCAACCAAGGGCCCGGUAAGCGGCCAUUUUCUGCAAGAGGAUCCUGCGUGUUUCGAUGCACCCUUUUUCUCCAUGUCUGCACAGGAGGCCGCACAGUUGGAUCCCCAGCAACGCCUUCUGCUCGAGGUCGUCUGGGAGUCUUUGGAAAAUGCCGGUGAAACGAACUGGAGAGGCGCCGCUGUCGGCGUCUACGUGGGAGUCUUUGGGGAAGAUUGGCUGGAGCUGAGCUUGAAGAGCCAGCAGCGAACCAACCCAUAUCAGACUCUGGCGACCGGUGGCUUUGCGCUGUCAAAUCGCAUCUCAUACGAGUUCGAUCUCCGCGGUCCUUGCAUGACCAUCCAGACUGGCUGCUCAGCCACCAUGGUUGGGCUGCACGAGGCCUGCCAGGCACUCAAGUUGCAGCACUGCUCCUCAGCCGUGGUGGCGGGCGCCAAUUUGAUCUGUACUCCAACCAUGACUGAAUCCCUGUCAGCGGCGGGCGUCCUGUCACCCGGCGGCAACUGUCAAACGUUUGACGCGGACGCCAGUGGGUAUGCCCGCGGCGAGGCCAUCAAUGCAAUCUACAUCAAGCGAUUGCGGGACGCGCUGAAGGCGGGGGAUAACGUUCGCGCGGUGAUUCGCUCCACCACCGUGAACUGUGAUGGAAAGACCGUGGGCAUGAUGAGCCCAUCCUCUGACGCACAGGAGGCACUCAUUCGAAGCGCCUAUCGACAUGCUGGCCUGGCCGGUCAGUACCACCGGACGGGUCUAUUCGAGUGCCAUGGGACAGGAACCCUCGUUGGAGAUUCUAUGGAGACUGCGGCCAUCGCCAAGGUGUUUGCGCCUGAAGGAGUGGUAAUCAGUGGAGUCAAGCCCAAUGUCGGACACUCUGAGGGCGCCUCAGGACUCACCAGCAUCAUCAAAGCCGUGAUGGCCCUUGAGCAUCGCGCGAUCCCUCCCAACAUGCAUUAUCACCAGCGCAACCUGAGCAUCCCAUCCGCGUUGGAAAUCCCAACGGAGCUCAUGCCAUGGCCCACCGAUCGACUGCUCAGGGUGAGUAUCAACUCGUUUGGGGUAGGGGGUACCAAUGCACACGCCAUCCUGGACUCUGCUGCUGGGUUUGUACCCCAGCAGGUGGUACGUAGCCUCUCAGAUAUCGAGUCACGGUUGCUGGUCGUCUCCGCCAAGAGCCCUGCGGCGCUGCAGCGCCGGAUCCAGUCUACGACUGACUAUGCGAACAGUCACCCCGACUUGCUAGCAGAUCUCUCAUGGACACUCGGAGUUCGUCGCGAGCAUCUCCCAUACCGUGGUUUUGCCCUCGCAUCCCCAUGCUACCCGCUGGAAACAUCAGCAUUCGAGACGUCUUCUCACCGCGCUCGGCCCCCUGUCGUUACCUUUGUCUUUACCGGACAAGGAGCCCAGUGGGCAGGGAUGGGUAGGGCACUCUUGCAGACGAACCCUCCCUUCACCACGGCGAUUGACGAGAUGGAUAAAGCCCUGCAACAACUGGGGGACCCCCCACAAUGGUCAUUGAGAGAGGAGCUCACCCGGGAUCCGAUGGACUCCCGCAUCUCCGAUGUCGAACUGGCGCAACCGCUCUGCACCGCCCUUCAGAUCGGCCUUUGUAAUGUCCUUGCCGAUAAAGGCAUUGUACCGGACUCCGUCAUCGGCCACUCAAGUGGUGAGAUGGCGGCCGCGUAUGCUGCAGGUGCGCUCAGUGUCAGUGCUGCGAUCGUCAUUGCCUUCUAUCGGGGUCGGCUUGCAGCCACCCAGGCUAAUCUCGGCGCCAUGGCGACUGUUAGCCUCAGCAAGGAUCAGGUUCGGGAAUACCUACAGCCCGGAGUGGUGAUCGCCUGUUUCAAUAGCCCCGGGAACGUUACCCUGUCGGGGGAUAAAGACGCCAUGCACGACGUCCUGGCCACAAUCAAGGCCCGGUCUCCGGACACAUUAUGCAGGCGGCUGAAGAACCCAGUAGCCUACCAUUCGCCACAUAUGAAUCGAAUUGGAGCACAAUAUGAGCAGUCGAUCAUCCCUCAUGUGUGCCCCGGUAAACAGAUGCAGCCUAUGUUUUCUAGCUUCACUGGAGAUAUUAUCACGGACCCUGCUCAACUAAAUGCGACCUACUGGAGGCGCAACCUCGAGUCUCCCGUUCUCUUCUCUGAAGCCGUGCAGAGCGCGUUUCGCGCCAACCCAGUUGACCACGUCUUUGUUGAAAUCGGCCCUCAUUCAGCUCUCUCAGCACCGCUACAGGAAAUACUCAGAACAACGGAUAGUCGUGUCCAGAGAGUGCUGACGUAUAUUCCCACUCUCAUCCGCAAUGAUGACGAUUGCCAAUCGCUCCUCCUCACCACGAUCGGUCGCCUGUUCAGCAGCGGCCUUCCUCUAGACAUGGACCGCAUCUUCGUGCGGGGCACAGUGCUCAGCGAUCUACCGCGCUACCCUUGGCAGCAUGACAAGCAGUAUUGGCUGGAAAGCAGAGCCUGUCGCGAGUGGAGGCUCCGGUCCACGCCGGAUCACGAACUGCUGGGCUCCCGCGUUCCCGAAUCAACGCCUCUAGAACCCAGCUGGCGGAAGAUCCUUCAUCUCGACGACGUGCCCUGGCUCACGGACCAUGUCAUUGGUGGGGAGGUGACGUUCCCGGGUACGGGGUACAUCGCGAUGGCCGGAGAAGCGGUACACCAGCUACAGCCGGAAUCGCACGGAUAUUCGAUGAGGCACAUCCAGUUCAAGGCCCCAUUACUGCUCGACUACAACAAAGAGACGGAAGUUCUGACUCACUUUAACCCGAUCGAAGUCGCGGAUGGCGUUUCUUCCAGCUGGUAUCGAUUCACCAUCACCGCAUUCGAUGGAUCGGGGUGGACAGUCCACUGCCAGGGCCAAGUGCGCGCCGGACAGGAGCAUCCACUCAAGCCCAGGGCCAUUUAUCCACAUCCACGCAUCUUAUCUUCCGCCAAGUGGUACCGGACCGUUGAGAAAGUGGGGAUGGAAUGUGGCCCGUCUUUUCGGCAACUUCAGGACAUCACUGCGGAUCCAAGGCGGGCUGUAGCAGUGGCGACAAUCAUCGACGACCACGAACUACACACGAGCUGUGGCCGGUACCUCAUGCACCCGACUUGCCUUGACCAAUGUCUCCAGGCGAUUGCGAUCGCCACCACCUCGGGGCUUCUUUCCCCGAUGACACAGGCACUGCUACCUGUCGCUAUUGAGAGCCUCUCUCUCUCGGGGAGUGCGUCUCGCAUACAGGUCGCCGCCAGCUCUCAGAACGGAACCCGAGGUCAUUACGGUGAGGUAGCCGGAAUGGCAGGAGAAGAAGCCAUCCUGGCCAUGGAUGGUGUCCUCAUGUUGAAAGUUGGGCGGCCGCCAGCCUCUUCCAGGCAGUCCCUCGGCCUUGUCUCACGAAUGGAGUGGAAGCCAGACAUCGAUCUGCUGCGUCCAAGGCAGCUUCUUCCUAUGCGGGCCGAUUGUGACGAAGAGAUGCAACUCCUGACGAAAGUGACUAAUCUCCUUUCCAGUCUCUGUUUUCGGGCAAUUGCCCAGCGGGUUGCUAUCGCGCCUGGAAGCAUGGUCGAGCUCGCCAAUUGGAGAGAGUCUAUCCUCCAGCACCAUGAAAGAAUCACAAGAGGAGCUGAUCCCCUCCUGGGCCUGGCGGACUGGAUCGUGUCGUCUGAAUCUGAUGUUCCUGUUAUUCGAGCCAUCCAAGAUGUGUUCCGCGAUGUGGCGGCUGUCAUCGGCGAAGCCAAACAUGCGACGUCCCAGGGCUGCCCAGAGUGGGAUGCGUUUGACCCAGAAGGCCGGGAAGACUUUGUUCGCCGACUCAUGAAUAAGGUCUCGCCCCUAAUGGGCGAUUACUCGCCGCUGACAGAAAGUCUAGCCCUGGCCUUUGAGUAUGGCAUUGACUUUGCCAAUGGAACGCGAUCGCCCAUCGAGAUAGGGCAAACAGGUUUCAUGCUAGAACAAGUCUACGGCAUUGCUUGCCGCUUCGUGAACUGGAGUCCGUUUCUUACCCUGCUUUCUCACUCGAAUCCGGGCCUGCGGAUCCUCGAGAUCGGGGCCGGCACCGGUUCAGCAACCCGGACAGCCUUGCAGAGCCUCAGAUUGGAGUCUGGAUCGCAUAUGUACUCACGCUACGUCUUCACUGAUGUGUCAGAUGGCUGUAUCUCUGCUGCCCGGGAGAAAUUCCAAAGGGAGGCCAAGAUGGAGUUCCAGCUGCUGAACAUCAGCAGUGAUCCCGAGGAGCAAGGCUUUCGACCGCACGAUUUCGAUCUCAUCAUUGUGUCCUAUAGUCCAUUUGCUGAAUCGUGGCUGAGCGAGGAUAUCAACGACCCCAUCAGCCCCUUUGCAUCUACAGACCUUUGGGAUACCGAAUUACGCACAGCUGGUUUUGCCGCGCCAGAGGCCAUGGUAUUGGAUCUAUUCGGUUCAGUCAGCAUAAUCUGCAGCCCCUGCCAUUCUUCUUCCCGCCUGAGCGAGAUUGCAAUCGUUACCUCCAGCGAUACCAAUCUCCCUUGGGUAGAAGAGGUAUCAUCUGAGUUCGAGAGACAGGGUUACGCGGUGCAGCAUAGGACUGUCGAUAACCCUCCAGACAACGGACGGUUUGUCGUCUGCUUGUUAGAUAUGCAAGCUCCUUACCUGGAGCAACUCACCGAAAAGAAAUUUGACACCUUCAAGGACUUCCUGGUUGAGGUGCAGGACACUCGGCUCCUGUGGGUGACACUACCAACGACACACCGCGAGUGUGAGAACCCGGAAUUCGGAACCAUUCAUGGACUCGUUCGGACGGUGAGGAAGGAGCUAAGUUUGGAUAUUUCCAUCUUAGAAGUGGACGUUUCGGAUCCACGGGCUACGCAGGCGAUUGUCUCCGUCUGUGAAAAGAUCAACGCGGCUCGAGACCGCCUAGACGGCGACCAGGACUAUGAGUUUGUUGCAGUCGACGGCACGGUUUAUAUCCCUCGGUCAUAUCAGUCGGCAUUUGCUCAGGAAUUAUCAGUCAUGCCAACGACUGAGAUUCCGCGAAGUCUUACUAUCGACUCUAUCGGGCACCUGGACACAAUCAAGUGGCUGCCUGUUCCGUCACCGACGGCUCCCUUGGGGGUUGGGGAGGUCGAGGUCGAGGUCGCGUAUGUUGGAGUGAAUUUCCGGGAUUUGCUCGUUCUUCUGGGAUACGUCGGCGCUGUAGAAGAAUGCGGCUUGGAGGCAAGCGGUGUUAUCCGCCAAGUUGGGCCCAGCAUCCCCGAGCUCCAGCCCGGUGAUAGGGUCAGUAUUAUUAGCAGUGGGCUUUGUCGUACACGCGUGAGGUUGAAUCGCCAGCUGGUGACUAUCCUCCCUGAUGAGGUCUCGCUCCAGGAUGCGGCAUCCAUGGGGGUGGUCUAUAUGACUGCACUAUAUUCGUUAAUCAAUGUAGGGAAUCUCCAGAAAGGACAGUCCGUUCUGAUCCACUCUGCUGCCGGGGGCGUUGGUAUAGCUGCAAUGCAUAUCUGCCAAAUGAUUGGAGCCAAAAUCUAUGCUACAGUCGGAACCAAGGAAAAAAUGGAUUACCUGGUCGAGUCUCUUCAGAUACCGCCGGAGCAGAUCUUCAACUCCAGGGACAGCUCGUUCCUACCCAGCCUCAUGGAGACCACCGAUGGAAGGGGAGUGGAUCUGGUGCUAAACUCGCUGGCCGGGAACCUACUACACGCAAGCUGGGAGUGUGUUGCUCCACAUGGCAAGAUGAUUGAGCUUGGGAAGCGCGACUUCUUGACCCAUGGCGUCCUCAGUAUGAGUCCCUUCAUGUUGAACCGGUCCUUCACUGGGGUGGAUCUCAUGGGGGUCCUCAAGGAGCGGCCUGAGAUCAGAGAGCAGAUCAACCGGUCGUUCUCAGACGCCCGCAGAGACGGCUUCAUUAAGCCAAUCCGGCCCCUGCAUGUCUACGAUGCAGCCCAGGCUGCGGAUGCACUCCGAUACUUGCAAACAGGCUCGCACAUGGGUAAAGUGGUGCUUAGAAUGCCUUCUGGCGAUCCAGCCUUGUUGGGGUGUACGCCUGUGCGGGCGGUGUCUUCGUUUCUUCCGGAUCAUUCGUACCUUUUAGUUGGGGGCCUCGGCGGCAUCGGCCGCUUAGUCUCGAGCUGGAUGGCCAAGCAUGGCGCACGUUCUCUCGUCUAUUUAUCAAGAACAGCCGGCGAGCUGCCAGAGCACCGUGCUUUCAUUCGAGAGCUGGAAGCUCAGGAAUGCGAGGUCACCUGCGUCAAAGGCACCGUCACCGAUCUGGCAGAUGUUGAGAAGGCCGUGUCGAGCUGUUUAAGGCCGCUAGCCGGAAUCAUCCAGAUGGCCGGCAUUCUCAGGGUAAACCAAGCCCCUUCUUCCCCAACUAUAUGCGUCUCUGACAGCUCUCUAACUCUGCUUUUGGAUCAGGACCGCACGCUCUCGCAGAUGACUUAUAUGGAUUGGUUAAUGGCCCUUGCGCCCAAAGUGACUGGGACACGCCAUCUUCACCAGGUGACCAAAGGCCUCGCCUUGGAUUUCUUCGUCAUGUUUGGCUCCAUAUCUGGAACCAUUGGCGUCGGCGGACAGGCGAAUUAUGCCGCUGCCAAUACAUUCCUGGACGCGUUCGCCAGAUACCGGCGUACGAACGGUCUUGUUGCUUCUGUCGUCCAUCUGGGCCUUGUUGAAGAGGCUGGAAUCGCCACCCAACGCCAGGAAACGCUUGACCUCGCGAUGCGUUCACACACGCAGAUUCUGUCAGAGAGUGAGGUUCUCGAUGCGUUGCAACUAGCCAUUCUGGAGUCUAGGGGCGAAGACCAGGAACAAUGCUCCUUCAGUGUCGGGAUCGGACACGUCCAAUCCCUUGGUGCUCCCACCAAAUACAUGUGGGGGCUUGACGCGCGAUUUGCGCUCCAUAAAGACCGUCAGCUAGGUGCGUCCUCCACUGGUAAUCAGGAAGGAGGCGGCAGCGCACUCAGUGCCCUUUUCGCGCGGGUUGAACAGGAACCUACCCUCCUGAAUCAGGAGGAUGUAGUCCGGGCUUUGAAGAUUGGGAUGGCGAAGGCAGUUGCGGAGGAGAUUGCCGCGCACCACGAUAUGGAUGAGGAGCAGCACAAGGCCGUGCAGAUAGAUUCGCUCAUGGCGGUUGAGAUCCAUACUUCUUUCCGUCGGUCACUCAAGAUUGAUAUUCCAACUCCUGAGAUCGUCAACGCGGGCACCGUCGGGGAACUCUGCAUACUCUUGGUACGCCACAUGCGACGCAAGUAUAACCUUAACGAUGAUAUAAUAUAG